CGGUUCCUUUGGAAAUUACAGCACGACGGAAGACUGAGCAUGGCACGGCAAAGCCCUCAAGGAUGUACAGAAUUCGUAGGAAAGCUAGGCACGUCGGAUAACUGAGAACGUUUACAUCAAUAACGUCUCAGGGUUACUCACAGUGGGAGCACCGUGUUACGGAACUCUGUCCGGAAUUUGGUCUAGGCCAGCCCUGUUGACUUGUGUCUUUAUUCAAGGCUUCCGUACACAAUUAAACACGGUUGUGAAGAACCAUUGGUAUGUCUAGAAUUCCCUUUUCACCUGGGCCCUAAGAGGAUUUUUGUUUUUCUUGUCUUGUCACAGUACGGGAUGUCAUGUUGUCUGUCAAACUCUCCGACAUCAUCUCUUAUUCAUAUUUGCACAGGUCGAGGCUUUGGAUGAUAACAUAAAAAAGGACCUCCAAAAAUUCGACUAUUUACCUUUCUUCAAACGGUGAGCGUAUAUAAUGACAGUUGCGAUAAGAUAGCACAUUCGGAUUAGCUUGAUAUUGUGCAUUCCACGCUGGGGAAUUGAACACCCUAACGAUCUACAGUAGUCGAGAGGUCAUCACAAACUCGGCUGAAUGACGGCUACAGCUCGUCUCGGUCUCUUCGAGGGAGGGUGCAUUUUGAAUUGUUCUCGAAUUUUUGGAGAGACUUGAUUUUGAGAGAGGAAGCAGGGCAGGGAUUCGGAGAAGUCUGAAGAGGAUUGGAGGUGCUGACGUGUUUGGUCGAGUAAACUCCCAUAGGAUUAGCGCACGAAGGGAACUCUACCGAUAGGAGCACAAUGAUACUCUUUUCCGCCUAUCCACUCGGGAUCCUGACCGUCAUUGUCUUGUUAAUGUUGACGGUGCCAGCCCGAGCCCAGUAUUGCUCCGAGCGGCCCGGGGGUUGCUGCCCCGGCCGUGAUGACGCGUGCACCGUGCCCAGGGCAGACACGCUCUGCUACUGUGACGAGUUCUGUCUCCGGUCUAAAGAUCCAGAUUGUUGCCCGGAUGUCUUCAACAACUGCACGGCGUUACCGUCUACUAAAUCUCCGCUGAACCCGAACCCUAUCACAACAGGUGACUGUAUCUACCAAGGCAGGAAUUUAUAUGCGGGCGAUUCCAUUAAAAUCAACUGCAACACUUGUGCCUGUUUACCGAUGGUCGGAGGUUACCAGUUGGAGUGCGAGGAGAACGUUUGCCUCAUCAGAGAAGAGAUCAUCAAUAGUGUCAACUCAGAAAGCAAUGGCUGGCGAGCCAGUAACUACAGCUUUCUGUGGGGCAUGACCCUCGAGGAAGGCAUACAGCGCCGUCUGGGAACCCUGAAACCCGGGCGAGCUGUGGCCGCCAUGACGGAGAUCGACAUAGAGCAGACGAAUCAACUACCGGAAAGCUUCGAUUCCCGCCAGAAAUGGCCAGGCUGGGUAGAGGGCGUCAUGGACCAGGGGAAUUGUGGGAGUUCCUGGGCAGUCUCGACAACAGCUGUUGCUUCAGAUCGGCUAGCCAUCCAAUCCAUGGGUCACAUGAGGGCGCCCCUCUCCGCGCAGAAUCUUCUCUCUUGCAACACCAGAGGUCAGCGUGGGUGUGAUGGAGGGCGCAUCGAUCGCGCCUGGUUUUACGUACGACGAUUCGGGAUUGUGACCGAUCAGUGUUACCCCUACAAGAGUGGAAUGGACGAAGCCAGUAUGAUGACUAGACAUGCCUGCAUGCUGCCACGUUAUAAGACAACUCCUUGUCCAAAGGAUAAGGUCACAUCCGAAAAGUACCAGUCAAGUCCCCCCUACAGAAUAUCCACAGAGGAGGAUGACAUUAAGGCCGAAAUUCUCGAAAACGGACCCGUGCAAGCCACUUUGCUGGUGAAGGCAGAUUUCUACUCGUAUGCCAGAGGGGUGUACAAGUACACCCGUGGAUCCGUCAAGGAAUCCUCCCAGCAUAGACGGAAGGGUUAUCAUUCAGUCAGGGUUCUUGGUUGGGGAGUAGACCGAACCGAUCCAGAUAACCCCAUACCGUACUGGCUUUGCGCCAAUUCCUGGGGCAGCCAGUGGGGUGAAGAUGGCUACUUUCGCAUCCUCCGAGGACAGGACGAGUGUGAGAUUGAAUCCUUCAUCCUCGGUGUCUGGGGAGACGUGGAUAUGGACAUGAUGCAGGGCUGAUGUGAGAAGAGAGGAACUAAUUUGAUGUUUUUAAACUAUGGCCUGGUCGUUAGUAUCGGCUUCAGGAGAUUUGGGGACUUCGGCUCAAUAAAGGUUUUGUGGUCUGCUUUGGGAAACGUCGAAUUCAUAUAACGUGGCCGUGAUUGUGAGUGUUUGUAUUUUGUUUGGACAUUUAAGGCUUCAAAAUGAUUUUUUUUUUUGAGAAAGAGAUAGGAGGAGCCGAGGAUUUUUGUAAUCCAUGUUAUAAUUUAAUAAUAUUUUCUUCCAAAACCAGAUAUAAUGUUACUUUUUAAGUAACCACGGAUGUUUGCAGGGUUUAUCAUUUGUAAAAUGUGUCGUGAUUUCACCCUUUUAAGAAUAAAUCUUCACUUUUUUUAUGCCAACAUA